AUGCGCGAACUGGGAAGCGUAGGCAGUGUCUGCCUACGUUGUCAGGUUCGCCUACUCGUCACAUCCCGUGCCCGAACCCGUCGUGGCAUCUCGAGUUCUAGCGGCACUGCUACUGCCGAAGAUGCGAGAACUGACAUACGAACAAACAAUGGAGGAGGCUUGGGCGCCGAGCGGUCGGUUGACCGGCCCUCCAUCGCACCGCACUCCACGCCUCGACACCCAAUCUCGUCCAGCCACUCCCCUUCGGUUGCCAUGUUCCAGAGCAUCGUACAGAACCAAGCUCAGGCGGCUCCUCCUUUCGGCACCAUGGUCGUUGGGACGGCCAACCUCGAACUUGUGAAGGACGUGCUCCGAAUGCAAACAAUGAUGAGGGAGGGCGCCACCCUUGCCGAGGCAUAUACAUACUUUCAGGAGACAGUGUAUCCUCAAAUUACGAAGGAGGGCGCCGCUGAGGUCUCGCAGAUUGUCAAAAACCAGAUAGCUGCCGUUCUCCUUAACAGGCUAGCUCUCGAGAAGGCGCGGGAUUUCGACUCUAACCGGCUACCCAGCGUCACUCGCAUCACUGAGAUCAUGCUUGAGCUAGACGUCCUUAAGCCGGCCGCGUGGGCUACCCUCGUGAUCACGCUGGUCCAGCACAUCUACCGACAAAACACGGUUCCUGACAAGUACGACUCGAUUAAGGAUUACGAGACCGCCAUGGCGCGGCGAGACGCCCUCGUACAUGAUCUCCUUGGUGCCUGGCGCGUGUUCUGCUCGCAGAGGUCUCCCGCGCAGGGUGGCUCCUCGACAAAACCCCCAGUCACAAACGUCUUCAAUACCGGCCCGGCUCGCCCGAUCGGAAAGCCUCCGCAACAACUCACGCUCCAACAGGCCUUCGGGGCCAUGUUCCCCCAGUACCUGACCCCAUCUUUACUAAGGCCGACCUUUGCUGCGUUUGCAACGUACAAGCUUUUGACAGACGCUUUCAGCCGUGCCCGCGCCACCAAGGGGGAGGCUGCGCCGUUCCUUCACAUGAUGACGGGUUUGAUAUUUCAAACGCGGCCGCCCCGGCGCGAAGACUUCCAACCGAUAUUCGACACCUUUUUGGAUCUCCCACACUUCGUGUGGCCCAAGCGGCAGAAAAAGGCCAAGGCUAAUGCCUUUCUAGACCCAUCCGGGCAACUGCCCGACAAUGUCAACGCUAGUGUGCACCGUCAGCUAGGAGAUGCCAUCAAGAGUAUGCAUGUCAGGAUGGUGGACAAUGCUUGGUCGGAGUUCUGGGGUGAUGAGGCCACCCCCGAUGCCGCCCAUAUCGCCGAGCUCGGCAAGUGCCCCGAGAUGUUCGACUAUUUUAUCCUAGCGUACACCAUGAUGCGCCGGCCACAGCAGGCCAUCGGGGUGUGGAACAACAUGGAACGCAUUGGCAUCAGGCCCUCUAUCAAAACCUGGAACUCUAUGCUCCAUGGCUGUGUCAAGGCCAACAACCCCCGCGGCCUCAGGACCGUCUGGGACAAGCUGGUGGCCUCGGGCAUCAAGUUGGAUGCAACUAUAUGGGCCGCCCGCAUCAACGGCUUCUUUGUCUGCGGCGAACCCGAUGCCGGCCUCCGUGCGCUCGACGAGAUGGCCAAGAUUUGGGCCGCCCGUUCCGACCCUCGCUACGCCGCCGUGGCCGUCCAACCCUCCGUUGAGGCUGUCAACGCCGUCCUUUCUGGGCUUAUCCGCCUUAAAGACCGCGAGAGGGACACCACACGCGUCCUCGCCUGGGCUGCUAAACGGGGCAUCGACCCCGAUAUAUACACCUUCAACACCCUCCUCCGGCCGCUUGUCCGCCGCGGCGACAUGGCCGGCAUCGACCAGAUCUUUGAUGCCAUGCGUAGCACCAACAUCCGCGCCGACGUUGCCACCUUCACCGUGCUCCUCGAGGGCACCCUCAACCAAAUCGGCAACUUGCCCCCGGCGCAGCAAGUUUCCCUGGUCGAGCGCAUGCUCGAGGCCAUGAAGGCCGCGGGCGUCGAGAUCAACAUGCAGGCCUACGCCAAGAUCCUCCACAUACUCCUCCGCGAGGGCGACCGCGCCGAGGAGCCCGUCAAGGCCGUGCUCGCCCAAAUCUGGGGCCGCGGCCUCGAGCUGACCUCGCACAUCUACAGCCAUGCUGGCGGAGCACUACUUCUCACUCGACCCGCCCGACUCGGCUGCCGUCACUGCCCUGAUCGAGAACAGGCGCCUGCCAGCGACACACAAGAGGUAUCGGACCGCGUCUUUCUGGGAGUGCGUCAUCAAGGGGCUACUGCCCAGGCCGGCGAAGUCCGCCGCGCCCUGUACAUAUUUGACCGCGUCUUCGUCAACGGCAACAGCACCAUCACCUUCGGCACCCUCUACGACCUGCUGCGGGCAGUGGUGGAUGUCGGCGACGGGGAGGCUGCCGUGCGGGUCGUGGAGGCCGCGCGCAAGAUUGGCACGGCUGACGAGGUGGGUGUCGUGCAGGGCGGCGGGGAGGGGAGGAGGUAUUGGAAACAUCGGUUCUGGCAUCUGGCGUAUGCGCAGGGGCUGAUGGGGGAGCAGCUGGCCGAGAGGUUUUGGGAGGCCAAUGUUUGA